AUGCUGUUUUCUUUCAUCGUGAACGCGGUGCUGGCCGGCUGCACAUGGCGACCCGAACAUGUGAAAUCUGCAGGUACCAGCACCAGCACCAGCACCGGCAACAGCGACCGGCUGCAGCCCACCCUCGAGAGUUCCCGCUCCCGAGCACACCCCAUCUUUCGAGCCAUCAACAAUGCUGGCCGUCAAUGGGGCUCUGCCAUGAAUCACAAUGGCUUCGGCUUCUUCCCUGCAAUUAUUCCUGCCGGCACCGUCUUGUAUCAUGGCACCCGUUCUAAAGAAGCCCCGAAGACGUUUGAAUGGCUGGCGUUUGAAAUUGAACACGCUGAGGCCUUCGCGCUGGAUGUGGACUUUCCCGUAACGAACCACGGCAUAGAAAAUGCCGACGAAAGGCUCAGCAUGAAGCAUGCGCAUGGCGCGCAGAAGAUCCUUGAUCGAAGAGGACAUGAAGCCGACGCGGGCAAACUCGGCGAUGGCGGACCACCUCGGCGCCUCCCCCCUGGAUACAUUCAAAGCCAUCAGGCGACCAAAGACCUUCACGUUCUCUAUCUCGACGGCAUGUCUGCCGCGAAAACGGACCUAGGCACCAUGGAUGCUGAGCUUUACGUCCUAUAUGGCAAGCCCAACAAAAACUUCGAAGAUGGCGAGUUCACCCGGGCAAGAGCGUUAUGCCCCAUGUUAGCGAAAUGGGGGUUCGAUGGCUACGUCCGUAUGGAGAUUGGCUUUGAAUACGUCCACUGCGACUUCUCAAAAGAUGUCGAUUGGAUUUCCAGCGUGGCACUAUAUAAUCACAAGGGCGUCGUCAGCGACUCAAGCAUGGUUUUCUUCCAAUGGGCUAGGGCCGUGGCGGAAAACUACGACGGAGUCGGCGCAGACCGCCUCCGCAUCGACUACUCCUCCAUGGUGUCCGGACUCUUUUACCCGAUCAACAUCACAACCAUGGACCCCGACCGACCAGACCUGAUGCGUCUGGCGACGGCAGGCAUGGACGAGUGCCAAAAACUGAAGCCAGAAGUCGAACUCAUGGCACGCCAGCCGCGGCGAUUUACUGUCAACUGGCAGGCCGUUACGGAUACCAUUGUUCGGCGCUUCUCUAAUAGGCUUGCUUUGAUGGCCUCAGAGGGCAUCAGUGAGGCGUACCUGAUUGACGAGUUUGAAACGGCAUCGAGGACGUACGUCAUAGCGCCAGAACCGAAAGAUUCGAAAGCGCCACUGGCUCCAGGAUUACUGCAAGAGGCAAUCUCGAGGUGCAUUGAGCAGCCCCUGCUCCCUGCAACCUUCAAAAAAUCACAAUGGUCAAGAGAAGAUACGCUCAUCGCAGCUGCGCUAGAAGUCGUUAUCAAGGACAUCUGCUCCGUCAUCCUUCAGUCCUACAACGCGUUACGUGCAGCUACGGAGAAGGACGUAUCGGGAGAAUCCUCAGAAAGAGCGGACGCAUCGGCAACACACGUACGCAAAGCGGCAAAGAGGGCACACCAGGAUAUCAAGGAUCUGGUCGCAACGCUCAACUGGAGCCAAUGGAAACAGGUCCCCCGAUGCCCCUCGGGUGAGAUGAUGUUCACCAUUAUGUGGCCGCUUGGCAACACUGAGGACUAUUUUAAUCCUGCUUGCCAGCCCAUCGAAAAGAUCAAUAUGUAUCGACAGACAUACUUCAGAGACACUUUUCCGGGCGGGCAUGGACCGAGGCGCGGUCAUGGGAGCGAGAUUGAGGCAUGA